AACGUCAUGAGCGUCUUACUGCCCAACAUGGCGGACUUUGAUACCAUUUAUGAGUUAGAAGAGGAAGACGAGCGUAUAGUGAGUGAAGAGCACCUCUCCAGAUACUGCCCCGAGCCCGUGGUCAUGCGAGGGGCUGGACACAUCACCGUGUUUGGACUGAGCAACAAAUUUGACACAGAAUUCCCUUCUGUUCUUACAGGAAAGGUUGCACCAGAAGAGUUUAAGACAAGUAUCAGCCGAGUGAAUGCUUGCCUGAAGAAGAACCUGCCAAUAAAUGUGAAAUGGCUUCUCUGCGGCUGCCUGUGUUGUUGCUGUACUGUAGGCUGCAGUCUAUGGCCUGUCAUAUGCCUCAACAAGAGGACACGAAGAUCCAUUCAAAAAUUGUUAGAAUGGGAAAACAACCGAUUAUAUCACAAGCUGGGACUACACUGGAAACUCAGCAAAAGAAAAUGUGAGAGUAAUAACAUGAUGGAAUAUGUAAUUCUUAUAGAAUUCUUACCCAAAUACCCUAUAUUCAGACCUGACUGAGAGGACUGCUGGGGGAUGCUGGUGAAUGGCUCCUCACUCCUCUUCUUAGUGCCUUGUAUAUAUGUUGGAUUGAGGGUCUUCACAGGUGUCUCUAGGUGACCCCUUUUUCUCCCAGUACCUUGUACAGUAGAAUUCGCAACACUGUCACUUUGCUUUAGAGCAGAUUUUGCACAUUUCCUGAUGUAGUAGAAAUGCUCCUGUGAAACACACUCAGAUGUUUUUGUUACAUAAAAAAAAAAUACUGUUUAAAAGUGCAUUUACCCCAAAGAGCCAUCUGUCCUCCCCACCUCCCACAUGUGAUGUUGGUAAAAACAAGGCACCUGAACGUGUCUACUUGCCUUAUGUUAAAAAUCAAGCUUUUUUAAAUUGGAGGUGCACAUGUGGGUGGCAGAAAAUGCGUAAAAUGUUUUGUAGAUUCAAGUGUGUCGGGGUUCUUUGCAGUUAAUGGAAUGGGUAGGAUGUUUUAAAGUAGCUGUAAUAUUUGUCAGCAUGGUAUUUUUUCCUGCACUUUGGUGAUUGCCCUCUAUACAAGGGAAGGUUAAAUAAACUGACCAGUAAAUAUCAUUUUUGGACAAGAUGUACAGCGUGGUAUGCCAUGUUUACAUAUUGUAAUUUAGCCGGUGAUUAGUUUUCCGCCAAUAUAUUAUUGUAACAUAGUUUGUUUAUAAACUGCGUCUCUGUAACUUUCCAAUUUAUAUGGACCCGUUUACCUAGUAAGCCAUAAAACGUAUGUACUACAUGCCAGUCGAGUUAGGGCUGAAAAUUGCACUUGAGCACAUGUGGACAUCAGGCUUUUCGUUGAUUGUCCAUGAGAGUUUUUUUAUGUUAUGUGUACUGAAAGGACAAAAUUGGUGUGUUAAAGACAGUUUGCCAAUUAAAAUUUAUCAAGAACAUUGUCAAUGAUUUCAAAGUGAAAUUCUUCCGUUUUAUUUAUAUUGGAAACAUUAUUUUAAGCCCUGUACCCAUUUCCUUUGUUACUUUUUCACAAUGUAGCUUUAUCGUCACGUUGCUGUUUUUAGUUGACAUCCACUGAUGCUGUGUUUUUUUUUUUUUUCUUGUGGAUCAUGCUUUCUCCUCUUGUUGCACUUGGCUCGUUUUAUGUCCCUGUUCUGUUCUUUUUUCCUAAAUUGUAGUCAGCCUGCUGCAUUAGAGUGCCUCUGGAACUGCUGAUAAAGUUUGGAGAGAGCUGUGCUUGAGAACACUUAUACCUUGCCUAAUCUUAUGGGGAGAGAGAAAUCUUCCCUCAGUAUUCGUCCUACUACAGAGUACCUGUAAAUGUUUGUCUUUACCUAAUUCUAUGGAAAGCGUAAAUAAAUUCUUGAUUAUCA